AUGCUCGCCUCCCCCAUCAACCCAGCCGAUGUCAAUCAGAUCCAGGGCGUAUAUCCUUCAAAACCAGACAUGAAUACCUUGCUUGGCACAACGGAAGCAGCUGCAGUCGGUGGCAACGAGGGUGUUGGCGAGGUUAUCAACGUUGGCUCGUCCGUAAAAGGUAUGCAGAAAGGCGACUGGGUGAUCAUGAAAUACACAUGCAUGGGGACCUGGCGGACACACCUCUCGGUGGACGAGAGCCAGCUACACAAAAUUGACGACAAGAGUGGUCUGACACCCCUUCAAGUCGGCACUGUCUCGGUCAAUCCUUGUACGGCCUACAGAAUGCUUCUCGACUUUGCCAAAUGGGAUUUCCGGGGAGACGAAUGGUUUAUUCAGAAUGGCGCCAACAGUGGCGUCGGGCGUGCUGCGAUUCAGCUAGGCAAAGAGUGGGGCUUCAAGAGCAUCAAUGUUAUUCGAGAUCGUGGGGACAAAGCCGCAGAGCAAAAGCUCAAAGACGAGCUGUAUGACAUUGGAGCGACCAAGAUAAUAACUGAAGAAGAGCUUCAGGGCAAGGAAAUCCGAGAUCAAAUCAAAGAUUGGACCAACGGGGGCCGCGAACAGAUUAAGGUCGCCCUGAACUGUGUUGGUGGCAAACCUGCAACAGCCAUGGCCAAAUACCUCAGCCCAGGAGGAACCAUGGUAACAUAUGGUGCCAUGAGCAAGCAGCCACUCACUCUUCCAGCGUCUAUGCUGAUCUUCAAGGACCUUGCGUUUGCAGGCUUCUGGGUCAGCAGAUGGAGCGACAAGCAUCCGGAUCUCAAGAAGCAAACAGUAGACGACAUCCUGAGACUCACAAGAGCUGGCAAGUUCAAGGACAUUCCCGUGGAAGAAUGCAGCUGGGGCUGGAAGACCGACGAUGAAGUCCUGAAAAAAGCUGUGCAGGGUACUCUCGGUGGGUUCCGAGCUGGCAAGGGCGUCUUCAAGUUUGAGGAUUUGGAAGUUUGA